AUGGCUCUGGACAUUGUGGAGAUGAUGAAACGUAGCAAGCCUGUGGUGCGUAAUUGCAACAAGGCAGCAGUAAAUUAUAAGGAAAAGUCCGAGAAUGAUCUAAGUGCGGAUGUAUAUCUAGAAAGUGACUCAGACAGUGAUGAGAAGAAGGGUGUAAAUAUGUCAGAAACACCAGUAUGGUUGGAUGGUAGUGAUGAUGAUGAUACCAUGCUUGAUUCUGAUGAUUCUGAUGAGAGUGAUAAGGAGUUGGAUGAGUUGUUAGAAGAGAAGCAGAAGGAUGAGAAAAAUAAGAAUAAGGAAGAAGAAAAGGAUCUAGGUAAAGAUGUGAAUUUUGAAAAUGAUGCACAUACUGUUAGUUUAAAGAUUAAAAAACUCCAAGAAUUUGUGAAGCAAAGUCAGGUUUAUUCCGGUAUCAUUGCUGACACAUUACUCGAACGUGCUGGUCAGAGUAACGAAGUUGCGGAACCAGCAAAGAAAAAGCAGAAAAAAGAUGUAAUUCAAGCAGUCACUGAAGCGUCUAAUAGCACUUCUAACAGUUCCAGUACAAGUACGCAACCGUCACUUCUAAAGAAUUGCCAACUUAAACCGUACCAACAGGAAGGUUUAAACUGGUUAAUAACUCUAUAUGAAAACGGCUUGAAUGGAAUACUUGCCGAUGAGAUGGGUUUGGGAAAGACUAUUCAAUCAAUAGCUCUACUUGCCUUCAUCUAUGAAAUGGAUACGAAGGGUCCAUUUUUAAUUGCUGCGCCAUUGAGUACUGUUGACAACUGGAUCAAUGAGUUCGGGCGCUUCGCACCAGAUAUUCCUGUUUUAAAAUAUCACAACAGCGAAGGUCAAGCCUCGAGGCAUCGCAUGCUCAAGAAAUUCUUCAAGCAAAACAACAACGAGGGAGUUAUCGUUACGUCAUACGAAAUUAUCAUCAGGGACAUCGAAAUGAUACUCUCUUACCAGUGGAAAUUUUUGAUUGUGGAUGAGGGACACAGAUUGAAGAACAUUAACUGCAAAUUAAUACGUGAAUUGAAAAGAAUUAAUACGUCAAAUAGAUUACUCUUAACCGGUACGCCACUACAAAAUAACCUCAGCGAGCUUUGGUCACUCCUUAAUUUCAUCUUGCCAGAUAUCUUUUCGGAUUUCGAGAUCUUCAACAAGUGGUUUGAUUUCUCCGAAUUAGACCUAGAGAGUUCUUCAGAAAAAUUGACUAAGUUAAUCAACGAUGAGUUAGAAAAGAAUUUGAUAUCCAACCUCCACACUAUCCUCAAACCAUUUCUAUUAAGAAGGUUGAAAAAGAACGUCUUGGCGGGAUCUUUACCUCCAAAGAGAGAAUAUAUCAUUGAAUGUCCAGUGACACCGCUUCAAAAGAAGUUUUACAAACAGGCCUUAAAAAAGAACUUGAAAACCUCAGUGACUAAACAAGCCAUCAAGGAAUUUUUCACCUUAAAUUCGAAGCAUAUUGGGCGGGUGUCAAACAAAGCGAUCCGGGAGUUUAUCGAUUGGAAGCUUGGAACCACAGACGGAGAUUCGUUGCAGUUGCAGGAUCCUGAACAUGAUAAAACUAUGCAAAAGAUGGACAUUUUAUACAAAGAGCACAUCCACCGCGAGCUUUUGAACAAGAGACUACAAAACAUGAUGGUCCAGCUACGGCAGGUGGUAAAUUCUACCUACUUGUUUUAUUUCCCCUUCUUAGAUGCAGCAGACAUGACACUAGAGAAUUUAUUAAAGACUUCCGGUAAACUACAGGUACUACAGAAACUUGUACCAGAGCUCAUCAAACAAAACCACAAAGUCUUGAUUUUCUCACAGUUCGUAUCGAUGCUUGAUUUGAUCGAAGACUGGUGCGACUUGAACAACUUUAAAUCCUGCAGAAUUGAUGGCUCCAUGCAAAACGACUCACGGAAGGACCAAAUACACGAAUUCAGCAAGCGUGGUUCCAAAGCCAAUAUAUUUCUACUAUCCACAAGAGCCGCGGGUCUCGGCAUAAACCUUACAGCAGCAGAUUCCGUCAUUAUCUUUGAUAGCGACUGGAACCCACAGGUCGAUCUCCAGGCCAUGGACAGAGCACACAGAAUCGGCCAGACAAAACCCGUCAUCGUAUACCGCCUCUACUGCGACAACACCAUAGAGAACGUCAUAAUGACAAGAGCAGUCAACAAGCGGAAACUAGAAAAACUCGUCAUCCAAAUGGGCAAAUUCAACACUCUAAAGAAGCUAGCCUUCAACGAGCAAUCUUUCCUCAAGAUGAAUGGUCCAUCGUCCUCCACUAAACAACCGGGAAACAAGGACCUAGUAAAAGAGCUCUCCCAACUACUAAUGAGCAACGAAACAAACAUCGGCCAAACAGACACCUCGCGCAUCGAAUCCUCUGGUGAUAUUCUUGAUGACAAUGAAAUGCAUGAAUUACUAGACAGGACUGCUUCUGCGUACUUGCCUCACGACAAUAAGAAAACAUCCUUCAACCACAUAAGACUUUUCGAAACAACUUCAGGGUUCGAUAACUAA